GUUUCCGGUGGGAAAAGGGCAAGCACAAUGUAAACACGGGACCAGGGGAGUGGUCAUCAGGUAACUGGGGUUUACGCUGACCGUGGUGGAAGCCGGAGGAAGUGGAGGAAAAUAAGGCUGGUGGGUCUUGUGAUUACGGGAGAAAGGACCUUCAGACGUCGGAGGUGACACCCAACAGGGGUGUGGCAGAGCCGGGACACUAAGAAUGGCUUCCUUUGGAUGGAAGAGGAAAAUUGGCGAGAAGGUCUCAAAGGUCACUUCCCAGCAGUUUGAAGCUGAAGCUGCCGAUGAGAAGGAUGUAGUUGAGAAUGAAGAAGGGAACUGGCUUCAUGCCAUUAAACGUAGGAAAGAAAUUCUCUUUGAGGGCUGUGCCGAGAAAAGUAAGCAGCUGAAGGAUGAAGGAGCCAGUUUGGCUGAAAAUAAAAGAUAUCGAGAGGCAAUUCAAAAAUGGGAUGAAGCACUGCAGUUAACCCCAGAUGAUGCCACCCUGUAUGAGAUGAAAUCGCAGGUCCUAAUGUCUCUUCAUGAAAUGUUCCCAGCAGUACAUGCAGCUGAAAUGGCUGUCCAGAGAAAUCCACAUUCAUGGGAAUCUUGGCAAACUUUGGGCCGUGCUCAGCUUGGAUUAGGAGAGAUAGUCCUGGCAAUUCGAAGUUUUCAGGUCGCCCUUCACAUCUAUCCAAUGAACCCUGAAAUAUGGAAAGAAGACCUUUCUUGGGCAAGAACACUCCAGGAGCAGCAGAAGGUAGCACAGAAGAUUAAAAAGCGUGAAGCAUCAGUGGAAGUAACCCAUUUCUCACCAAAGUCCAUUCCUGACUAUGACUUUGAAAGUGAUGAGAUUGUUGCUGUUUGUGCGGCGAUUGCUGAGAAACAGAAGACGGUUCCAGCAAGUAAAACGAUGGUUAUUGUGUCGGCUUCUGGGACUGUAGAGACGGUCACUGAGAAGGAAGAUGGUCCUGCACCACCAGAUGGCUCUGUUUUCAUCAAAGCCCGAUGAAGUAGCGGGAAUCCUUUAAUCUGUCUUUUUGAUUGCCACUUAAAAUUUUAGGCAUAGGGACGUUAACUGUGGAGAAACAGAGCAAAACUCCUGUUUGUAAAGUGAGUUUCGCAGAUGAGACAUACAAAAACUAAACGGUAGAAUUACUGUACAGUGUUUGGAUGCUUUGAUAAGUUAUGAUUUAAACUUCUUAAGAUUAGAAAUCUGAGUACGGUGGCUUUUGAUUAAUAAACUUAAUGUAAUCCAAAAAUAUAAGUGAAUGCAUUUUAAAGACACAACUUGAAAAGUGAAUUCUCUAUUAGUGAAUCACUUGAUGGCCAGUGUUAUUAAAAUGCUGACUUGUUGACUUUCGUUUCAUGAUAAAGGAAGUCGGUGAUUUCUUUCCCUCCUUAGAAAUAUACUGCUCUUGCUCUUUACUCUUCUGUUUUUCCGGUUGCAUUAGAGUCUGUCACAAAGCUUGAAUAUCUUUGACAUUCAUUUUGAUUCAAAGUUGUCAUUUGGUUAUAUGUGGGAUCUUUGAAAGUUUGACUGAAAAUGCAUGCAAGUGUGUACAUUCUAAACAUUUUUGAAGUUUCUCUGAAUUCUGAUUUGUGCUUAUAUUUUGACUUUAAGAUUAUUAUGAAAAUAGUAGUUGCCUCUUUCAGUAUUAGGUAUGUAAAAUACUGAUAAAUGUCAGAAUGAUGGUUUUAUUUUUUUAGUUGUUAAAGUGGAUAGUGUUCCUUUCCACAGGUAGGUCAUGUUUCAGAUGUGCAUUUUUAAAAAAUGAAUGGCUUUUAUAGAUGUGUCGUAACAAAUUGUACUACUGUGUUGUCCCAGUCAAAAGCAGUAUUUUCUUCUCCUUAUUUUUAAAAGCUUAAAAACUCUAAAAAUAACUUAUCUUUUGCUUAUAACUUUCCAGCUAAUGGUUUGGAAGUCCUUUUCUAGAUAACUUUUUUGCAACUACUCAAUUAAAUUAGUUUCAAUUUUAAUAGCUAGAUUAUAUCUUUCUAAAAAUAAAAAAGUAAGGAUGUUAAUGAGUGCCAGUGAAUGAAUAAUUUAGGCACAACAUACAUAGAAACUGAAACGUGACUAUGGUACAGUAUGUGAGUAGAGAAGGAUAUAUUUAAAGAAAUAUUUCAUUGAAAGGCCACAGUUGUAUUCACAAAUCAAAACUGUCAUUGCUAAUGUGAAUUAUUAUUUUUAUACUACAUAUAUUGUAGUACAAUUAUAUAGACUACUGGGUACUGUUACUUCUGACACUCAGGAAGCUAUUAUUGCUGUAAAAUUAAUUUUACCCUUGUUAGAAAUGAAAGUAAGCUAUUUUAUUUUAAGGAAUCUUACCUUAACCUGUUGGAGCAUGUGAGUAAUGAUCGACAUUUUUCUGAGAUGAUUUUUUUUUUCCUUUUUAAAUUUUUAUUUAAAUUCUAGUUAAUUGACAUACAGUGUAAUACUGGUUUCAGGAGUAGAAUUCAGUGAUUCAUCACUUACAUACAACACCCAGUACUCAUCAUUGCAAGUGCCCUCCUUAAUGCUCAUCACCCAUCUAGCCCAUCCCCCACCCUCUGAGAUGAUUUAAAAAUUUUUUCCUUUAGUGGAAUGCUUACCUCUUUUUUUCCAGAGUAUUGUAUUUUCCCCAAAGUUACAUCAGAAAGUUAGCUCUGGUUAGAGAGGUUAGUUUUAGAGUAAUCCAAAAAACAAAUACUAAUUACAUUUUAUUUCAUUUAAUAAAGGAUAUUCUCUCAGGGUAGAUACUUGGGCAUCUACAGAAGUGAGCAUUCACCCUUUGGUAUGUUGUUUGGAGUAUUGGGUUUUUGUUUAUCGUGUAAUUUGUGAAUAAAUAGUUUUUUUUCCCUGCAUUUUAAAGAUUUGCCUCUUUGUAUUGUUAGCUUUUGAAAAAUUAGAUUUAUUUAUUUAAUUUCUUUGUUAUGUGGGAAUAAAAUAUGUAAAGCACCUUGGAUGGUAUCUUGCAUAGGAUGCACUCAGUAAAUGUUAGCUAUUUCUAUGAAGAACUUGAAUUAGUUUGGAGAUAUUUAACCUCAGUUUCUUCUGAUUUUAAGAAGGUAGGAGAACUUUGUAAUCUUUAUCUGAAAGUGAGGAGUCACUACUUUUGAUAUUGUAGGACAGAUGGUUAUCAGUUGGGGUUAUUCUUGUCAUAAAUUCUAUCUCAACCCUAAAAGAGGCAAGACCCAGGAUGGAGGGCAUGUAGCCACAAGAUUCUGUUAAAGAACCUAGUGUUUUUCCUGUAUUGAUAUCGGUAGGCCAGAUUAGUCUUUUCCUUACUCAGAUAUAAGACAUAAGUUGGAAGACAUAAAAUGGAGAGAAAAGGAAUAAUGAAUUAUGAAGAAGGAAGGCAGCUCAUUUAUUCAUGCCCCAGAAGAUGCUCAGCUAACACUCUUCUAUGUGUGAAGAGAAAAAUGCAUAUAUCAUUUUAUAAGAUGUGAAUACUGAUACAGAGACAUUUGCUAAGCUUGUUAACUGCAAUAACAAAUACUUCUGAAUCUGAAAGAAAAAUAGUUGAUGCUCAUAAUAGUGAUAUAAUUAAAGAUGUUUAAUAUACCUUCUGAAAUAACAUUAAACAGUAUAUUGAAUAUAA